CUACUCUAGGAUCUUAAGCCCUCAGACAACAGUCCAUUUUCCUCUUUUGUUUUCCCCUAUUUUUUUCCACUUUUAUUUGUUUGUUCCCCAUCGCAUGUAGCUUCCCAUACAUUGCAGAUUCUUGAAGAUAUCCCUAGCUUUUUCUCCAUAUAUUCAGGAAAUAAUGGGGAAAAAGGCUAAAAAGAAGCCCAGAAGUGGUCAAAAGGAUAAGCGGGUCUCGGCUGCCUCUGCAAAAACUAAUUCUCAGCAGCAGAACACUAUUGCUAAUGCUGAUAAAGCCACUGAUGACGGAACUACUGUAGUUUUAAAGGAUAAAAGAGUAUGCUCACAUCUUGAUAAGGGUGUGAAUUUAGAGAAGCUUUCUGCUAAAUUUGGGUCUUCAGAGUCAUUUAAGUGUGAAGAUUGUAGGGAUGGUGGGGAUGGUAGACGUGGGGGUAAGGGGAAAGGUAAGCAAGGAAAGAAAAAGGGGGGUGCAGAGUCGAGAACAGAGUCUAAGGCCAUUUGGGUAUGCUUGGAGUGUGGCCAUUUUUCGUGUGGAGGUGUUGGAUUGCCAACAACUCCUCAAACCCAUGCCAUUAGACAUGCUAAACAGAACCAUCAUUCAUUAGUCAUCCAACUUGAAAAUCCUCAACUUCGUUGGUGUUUCUGUUGCAAUAUUUUAAUUGUUGCUGAAAAAUCAGAAGAUGGUGUUGAAGAAAAAGAUGUAUUACAUGAAGUUGUUCAGAUGAUGAAAAUACGGCGGUCUGAUGGUGCUGCUUUGGAUUCAGAAGAUGUUUGGUUUGGAAGUGGCAGUGUAACAAGUACUAUAACGUCAGAAAAGUCUGCAGUAGUUGGUUCAGGUGGUAGGGAUAGUUAUGUAGUUAGAGGGUUGAUUAAUUUAGGGAACACCUGUUUCUUUAAUUCUGUCAUACAGAAUUUAUUAGCACUGGAUAGGGUACGAGGUCAUUUUUGCAAACUGGAUGGCUGUUUUGGACCCCUUACUGCUGCUUUCAAGAAGCUUGUUUCCGAGACCAACCCAGAGUCUGGCUUGAGAAAUGUUAUAAAUCCUAGAUCGUUCUUUGGUUGUGUUUGUGCAAAGGCGCCUCAAUUUAGAGGAUACCAACAGCAAGACAGUCAUGAAUUGCUUCGGUGCUUGCUUGAUGCUUUGUCUACUGAAGAACUGAGUGCAAAAAAACAGAACAAAUCUUCCCAGGAAGCUGGCAAUUCAGAUCCUACCUUCGUCGAUGCCAUCUUUGGUGGUCAACUCUCGAGCACAGUUACCUGCUUGGAAUGCGGAUACUCUUCGUUGGUCUAUGAGCCCUAUUUGGAUCUCUCACUACCAGUUCCAACAAAAAAGCCCCCUUCCAAAAAGGUCCAGCAAGUGAAUCGAGCCAAAAAACCUAAACCACCCCCGAGGAGAAAUGCAAGGAUCCGUCCUAAAAUGGUCAGAGAUACAAAUGAUUUACCAUCUACAAGUACAUCUGCUGCUUAUGUUGAUGGAAAGUCUUCUAGCACACCACAAUCUAGUGUACAUAUUCCUGAACAAAAUGUGGUUUCUUCUGGUGGUUCUGCUACUGAUGUAAGUGUUAUGGCUGAUACCAAGAGCAUAACUGCAGACUGUCUGUCAUCUGAUCAACGUGCUCAGUCCAACAAAGCUGUUGAAAGUAUUGUUGAGAAACCAAUUCCAGCAGAUGAUUUCACCUGGUUGGACUUUCUUGAGGCAGAUACAGUUUCAAACAAUGAUAACAUGACUUCUCAAAUGGAUGACCUUUCAAUCAAUCAUGGUUCUGCAGAUGAAAAUACUGUACAAAAUGAAGUAUUGCAAAAUUCUUUGGAUUCAUGUGGUGAUAAUAUUUCAACAUUUACAGAUACAGCAUGUUGCUCUCAUGAUGAGAUGCAGUUAGUUCACCACGGGAAAGAGAAGUUAUUGAGUGCACAAGAUAUGGCCUCACAAUUUGAUGAGAAAGUAGUCCUUGACAGUUCUGGAUGUGCUGAUACUAUGCAUAGCGAGGCUUAUUGGGAGAAUAGCUCAGAACUCAGCUCUUUGACUUGUUUUAGAGAUUUAAAUCUUGGAGUUGAUUCCUUGGGGAAAUUUUCAGAAGAGGAAACUCCAUUGCUUGUUCAAGAGUCUGAAGUUCUUCUGCUUCCAUAUAAAGAAGAUACCUGUGACAUAGUGAAGACAGAUGGUGAUUUCUUCUCAUCAGCUAUAGGUUGUGAACAAGAUUCAAUGGAAUUUGAUGGUUUUGGUGACUUGUUUAAUGAGCCUGAAGCUACAGGCCCUAGUAUGAAUCCCUCAUCCAUGUAUAAUGCUUCUGAGACAAAUGAAGUUUUACAUGCUGGUUUUGGGGGAAACAGCAGUGAGUCUGACCCAGAUGAAGUUGACAACACUGAUGCUCCAGUUUCUGUUCAGAGUUGUUUAUCUUAUUUCACAAAACCAGAGCUUCUUUCAAAAAAUGAACAUGCUUGGCAAUGUGAAAAUUGUGCAAAGGUUUUGCAAGAACAAAAAAUUAGAUCAAGAAAGAAACUUCUGAACCCGUGGUCUAAAGAAAUGACAGAAUUGGGCAAAGCUACACGUGCUUCUGGUCUGUCACAUUUACAGGAUAGCAGCCCUUUUUCCUCUGAGGUGAGACAUCUAUGUAAUGGCUAUCUGAAAAAUGAGACAGUUGACCCAUCUGAUGACAGCUUUCUGUCACACAGUACAAAGACUGAUGUUAAGCAGAAUGUCAUGCCCAAAAAUGGUGAGAAUGCUGAAGUGAAUUCAGUAGAUUCCAGCAUGGAAGGUGAAAAAUGUGACGUAGUCCUCGCAAAUGUUUGUCUGCCAGGAACUUCUGAUGGGGAUAUGACAUUCUGUAAAUUGGAUGACAACUGCAAAAGACAUGAUGGUUCCCAUGUCAGAUGCACUGAUGGUAAAGUUCAAAAGGACGAAUUUUGUACAGGAACUGGUAAAUGUGAAACAGAAGAGACUAAGGAUGAUGAGAAGAAUGCAGAAAAAGUCGAGAGGGAUGCUACUAAGAGAAUCCUAAUUAAUAGCGCACCACCUAUCCUAACAAUCCAUCUGAAAAGGUUCAGUCAAGAUGCUCGAGGGCGCUUGAGUAAACUGAAUGGCUAUGUGCAAUUCGACCGUACAAUAGAUUUAAAGUCAUACAUGGAUCCAAGAUGCAGGAGAUAUUUCUAGGCAUAGCUCAUAAUCAAUCAGCAGUUGCGCUUUGGAUGCAGCACAAAUGGUUUUAUGGUAUCCAGAGUUGAAAGAUAUUUGGUUUCUUUCUUAUAGAGAUUGUGAAGUAGGUUGAUUAUGAGCUGCAUUUUAUGGUUUUAGAACCCUUUUUUCUCAGAUAUAUUAGGAAAGAGUUGCUCUGGGAUGAUUGACUGAGAUCAUAACAGAUACCAGGCAUCAUUUUUGGAAACUGUAAAACCUAGGAAAAAUGCUGAUUAGGUAUGGGUUGACCACAAGGAAAAAGGUGGAGUCCUCGAUUUAUCUUUCAUCAGUUUAUUUGUCUGAUUAUUAGUCAGUGCAUGUGCAACCACACAUAUGCAUCCUUAGAGUUGUACUCAAUAAACUUUAUGUAAGAAAGAAGUGAAGAACACAGCUGCCAGUUGACUAACAGUAGUAGUUAUUGAAAAUUGCCAGCAUUAGGACUUGGUUUAAGCUUUACUAGUCAAGGUGGAAACUAGGAAUGUUAUAGAGUGUAAAGAUGUCUCACUAACAGCUGUUACUCUUGGACUUCAGUGGAUGAAGGUGAACAUCAGGACUCUGUAGCAAAUAAAUCAAAACUGGUUUUUUUAUGUGAUAUCAAGCUAUUGACAUCAAAUGUAUGGCAGACCAUGAUUGUAUGGCUUAGAGAAUCUAUGGAUCAUUUUGGGUUAAAUAACCUAUGCUUUGUUUGAAACUUGGCAUGGCCACCUCAACUAUGUAGAAUAGUUAGCUAUGGUUAUAAUAAUUGGCUUCAUGUGAUACUUGGCAACCAUUAAAGUGCCGAGCUAGCCAAGAAGAAGUGGAAUUCUGGCUAAGACCUUGUAGACCUCUCUUUUGGAGUUUUCUGUUUCUUUUCCUCCAUUGUCUUCCUUUCCUUUCCUUCCCAUACUUGGUUAAUCCUUGUACAUUUAGCUUCUAAUUUUGUGUUUAGAUAAUAAAUUUUCCCCUGCUUCAAGGACACUUCUAGUGUCUAGAUGUUUACAAAAAAGAGUUGAUUAAGCUAUAAAAUGUCAGUAACUAAUCAAGUCAUUUAGGAACCAGCUACUAUUUCUUUUCAAAUGGGGUCCAUCCCUUUGUGCAAUGAACAGAACAUGUCCUCAAGAUAA